AUGGCAGAAUAAUAAUAAUACGAAAACAAUAAAAAAGAAUUACUUGAUUCUUAUUUCACUAUAAGAAAAUUACAAGAACGCGUUAAUCGAUUAGAAGAAGAAAAUUAAAAUCUACAAAUAGAAAGAGAUGACAUAAAAAAUUAUUUUGGAAUAAAAAAGGAGAAAUAUGAAGAUAUGAUCGAUUUACAAAGAACAGAAAUUGAAUAAUUAAAAAACGAAAAGCAACGCGCUGAAUAUGAAAAUGAGAAAUCUAAAAGAGAACUUAUUGAAUUAAAAGAAGAAGUAUAAGAAUAACUUGAAGAUUAAAAAAAAGAAUUUGAAAGAGAAAGGUCUGAUUUAUUAGAUAGAAUUUAAAUUUUAUAAUAAAAACUGGAUAAUUUGGAAACUUUUGUAAGAUAAAAAGCUGAAUUGGAAGCAGAUAGAAGAAAUUUAAGGGAACAAUUAGAAAUUGAAAAGAGAUUAAAAUAAGACGAAUUAGCUAUUAAAGAAGAAGAGAAAAUUAAAGCAACAGAUAAAUUAAAAAAGAUAUGCUUCAUAAAAUUUAAGAGACUAAAACAUCAUUAUUGGCCUUAAAAAAAGAAUAACUUUAAACAACCACGAGAUUAACUGUUUUAUAAAAUCAUUAAUUGACAACUGAAUUAGAAUAUUAAUCUAAAUAAACUGAAAAAUUCUUAUUUAAAAAUUAAAAAUUAACCGAAUAGGUUUAAGCAUUAUAAAGAGAUGCUGAAAUUCAUAAAUAAGUUGAACAUGAAUUAGCAAAAAGAUCUCAUUUUUGUUAAUAAUUAAUUAAAAGAUUAAGUCAGAGAAUUAAAGA